AUGUGCCAGGGAGGCGACUUCACCGCGGGCAACGGCACGGGCGGCGAGUCCAUCUACGGCAUGAAGUUCCAGGACGAGAACUUCACGCACAAGCACACCAUCCCGGGCCUCCUGUCGAUGGCGAACGCGGGCCCGAACACCAACGGCAGCCAGUUCUUCGUCACUACGGUGCCCUGCCCGUGGCUGGACGGCAAGCACGUCGUGUUCGGCAAGGUCGUCAAGGGCAUGGAGGUCGUCAAGAAGUGCGAGUCCGUCGGGUCGAGCUCGGGCGCCACCAAGCAGCCCGUGAAGGUGGCCGACUGUGGCCAGAUCGCCUAA